AUGUCAGCAUCAUUAUCUGGAGACGAGUUGCAGAGCAGCUUGAGACACAGAGGCAAAGAUGUUGUUGAGGAAGUUGAAGUUUUGCCUGAAGCUGAAGAUCUUUCAAAGCAGAAGCAUGUCAACGAAAGUCCAUUGUUGAAACUGGAGUCAAUUUUGAUGCCAAUUAUCUUUACAGGUCUUGCCUUUUUCAUCAGAAUGUACAAGAUCGGCGCUAAUGACCAUGUUGUUUGGGAUGAGGCACAUUUCGGUAAGUUUGGAUCUUACUAUUUAAGACACGAAUUCUAUCAUGAUGUGCAUCCACCACUGGGUAAGAUGUUGGUCGGUUUUUCCGGUUACUUGGCCGGUUACAACGGUUCAUGGGAUUUCCCGUCUGGUGAGCAAUACCCAGAGUACAUUGAUUUUGUCAAGAUGAGAUUAUUCAAUGCUCUGUUUUCUGCAUUAUGUGUUCCAGUUGCUUAUUUCACUGCUAAGUCAAUUGGCUUCUCGUUACCAACCGUUUGGUUGUUUACUACCUUAGUUUUAUUUGAAAACUCUUACACCACGCUAGGCAGAUUUAUUCUAUUAGAUUCGAUGCUUUUGUUCUUCACUGUAUUGUCCAUGUUUUGUUUCGUGAAGUUCCACAACGUUAGAUCUAAACCGUUCACUAAAAAGUGGUGGAAAUGGUUAUUCUACACUGGGUUCUCUCUUGGUUGUACCAUCUCUGUUAAGAUGGUCGGUCUGUUGAUCAUUACUAUGGUGGGUAUCUACACAGUGGUUGAUCUAUGGAACAUGUUGGCAGAUACUAAGAUGUCAAAAAAGGUAUACGCUGCUCACUGGGCUUCCAGAUUUGUGUUUUUAAUCUUGGUUCCAUUUGCCGUAUUUUUAGCAUGUUUCAAGAUCCAUUUCGAUCUUUUGUCCCAUUCUGGUACUGGUGAUGCUAAUAUGCCAUCCUUGUUCCAAGCAAACUUGAUUGGUUCCGAUGUUGGUGAAGGGCCACGUGACGUCGCUUUAGGUUCAUCUGAAAUUACUAUCAAGAACCAGGCCCUAGGAGGUGGUCUAUUGCACUCUCAUAUCCAGACCUAUCCAGAAGGUUCUCAGCAACAACAAGUUACCACAUAUGGCCACAAAGAUAGUAAUAACGUCUGGACGUUUGACAGACAAAGAUUCAGCGCACCAUAUGACAAAAACGAAACAGAAACUGAGUUUGUCACCGAUGGUGCUAGAUACCGUUUAGUUCAUCUCAACACAGGAAGAAAUUUACACACCCAUCCUCAUAGAGCCCCUGUUCAAGCCAAUGCUUGGGAAGUUUCCGGUUACGGUGAUGCUAAGGUUGGUGAUCCAAAGGAUGACUGGAUCAUCGAAAUCGUUGACCAAAAGGGUCCUGAAGACGAAACAAAAUUACAUCCAUUGACUUCUUCUUUCAGAUUGAAAAAUGCGGAAAUGGGUUGCUACCUAUCUCAAACAGGAAACACUUUGCCACAAUGGGGUUUUAGACAAAAUGAAGUCGCUUGUGUUAAGAAUCCUUUCAAGAGAGACAAGAGAACUUGGUGGAAUAUUGAAACGAACGUCAACGAAAAAUUACCUCCAAGACCUGAAAACUUCAAAUACCCAAAGACUAGUUUCAUCAAAGAUUUUAUUCAUCUGAACUUGGCUAUGAUGGCUACCAACAACGCAUUGGUUCCAAAUGCUGAAAAGUUGGACAAAUUAGCAUCUUCCGCUUGGCAAUGGCCAACUCUAAAUGUCGGUAUCAGACUUUGUGGAUGGGGUGAACAGAACAUCAAAUAUUUCUUAAUUGGUUCACCAGCUUCUACCUGGCCAUCUACUAUCGCCGUUCUAGCAUUUAUGGUUUUGGUUGCCGUGUACUUGAUUAGAUGGCAACGUCAAUACUCUGACCUAACAAAUCCAGAAGAUAUUAAUUUAUUCUUGAUGGGUGGUAUCUAUCCAUUGUUGGCUUGGGGCUUGCACUUUGUUCCAUUUAUUAUCAUGAGUAGAGUUACUUACGUCCACCAUUACUUGCCAGCAUUAUACUUCGCUUUAUUAGUGUUGGCAUACUUGUUCGAAAUCUCGAUGAAGAAAUGGAACAAAUCUAAGUGCGGAAAGGUAAUGAGAUACACCAUUUAUGGCUCAUACAUGGCUAUCGUAAUUUAUGGCUUCUACUACUUUGCCCCAAUUUCUUUCGGUAUGUCCGGUCCAAGCACCGAUUACGAAUACCUAAACUGGUUAUCAACCUGGACUAUCUCAGAUUGA